UUACGCUUUCGCGCAUUUCCUUUCGUAGAGAAGUGUUCUCAGCAUCUCAUCGCUAACUCCAUUCCAGUGUGCGCUACAAGCGACCUUGCGCCUGUUUUGAAGGGAAAAUAUUCCCUCGUUUUUCUGUCUGAAAGUGCACGAUAUGCCGCUUCAAAGUUUCGGUUCGAAGUGAUACGCUGCGGAAUUCGCGCCAUCAAGCUCAGGGAUGGAUCACGUUGCAAUAUUACUCGUGACGUCAAGCACGCUAUUCAACGUGCCGCGAUUCUAAGAGCUCGAGCGACUUACAUAUAUCCAGUUGCAGAGUUGUUGUUCAGUCUGACAAUGCGGCCGUCAUCCGCUAUCAACGUUGCCGCCGUUCUGAUAACAGUACUAUGGGUGUAUGUCACUCAUGCUGUCGAAAUAUUCGGCGAUCGAAACAGAACGUCUGAAACCCAGGUAGACGACUUGCCAAGGAGUAGGUCCUUCUCAAGGUUCUUCUCAGACAGCAGUUAUGUCGCCCUCGGAACCUAUGAAGGAGAAAGCGUUCUUGUGGGAUUCUCACUGAACAUGACGCACGGCGUCUACGACUGUGAUGUCGUAAAUGGAAGAGUACCUGUUGAUGCUGCGUUGAAAUACAUACCAGGACGGAGAAUAACCCAUGUCAAUGAACAGGACCUGGUGUUAUAUCUCGUCUCAUGCACCAAUUUCCUCAGAGUGAACCUGAGAACUCGUUCGGGUAUCUGGCAUUUUCUGCACCAGUUUGCGAUGUACCCAGGAACCAAGUGGUGCGGUUACGGCGACAUUGCCGAAUCGUACGACGAUUUUGGAGAAGCUCGGACGACGGAUACUUGUUGCAGAGAUCACGACAAGGCCGGAGACACCAUCGCCGCGUUCGGGGAGAAGCAUGGUGUAUUCAACAGUCACCUCUACACUAUGAGCAAAUGCGAGAGCGACCGCAAGUUCUACGAAUGUCUGUUGGCGGACCGAACCAGUUCGUCCGGAAAUGUGGGGCUCAUAUACUUCGACAUCCUUCGUAUCUCAUGCUAUGAUUACGCACCUGAAGUCAAAUGCACCUCGUGGUUCCUCUCGUGGUUCCAAGAGGAAACAUGCUGGAUAGACCAGAAAACAGCAAAGCAUUGGCAAACGUUCAGUCCUCCGAGCUUCUCCUCCGAUUACAUGAACAAGUGGGGCGCUACGCCGACAAUUUUUCCAGCGUUCUUUCAAAGAAAAGACCCAGCAAAGAGCUGGAAGCUCCUCUAUAAAGUUCGUGGCUGAUGUACGGAAUUACUCUAAUCGAGCUGUUUUAAUUUAAGCAAUUUGUUGCGAUUUCGUUGAUUGUGCCAAUGUUGUACAGCACUAACCGCUGACAUCAACGCUUCUGACUUUACAGAUGUACAGUAAAAUAACUUGAAAAUUG